AGUUAACCGAGUCGCCAUCCUCUCCAUUAAAGCCCGAGCGGGGCCAUCUCUGCAUUAUGCAGAUAUCAUAUCAAGAAGGCACUGGCACUACGAAGGAAAGCAGAUGUAGAAAAAUGAGUACUUUUAUGGAGUGCAUUGCAAGGGAAAAAGAAAGAAAAAACAAAACUUUGUCGCUAGAGAAAAGAGAGAAAUUGUUUAGAGAAAUUGUUUUAAGUCUCUGAUACGUGCGCAGAGUUAAAGCAGAUUAGGGGGCGGUGGUGGUCAAUGCGUGAGUACAGGAGUUGCAGGGGUGUGGUGUGAAGAUGGGAAUGUGAGCAGAAGAAGCAAGAACGUUGUGUGAGUUCUAAGCUUGGAAUCGUCUCAGAAAGGAAAAGAAGAAAAAUAGAAUAGAAAAGAAGAGAUCCCCACUCCCCAGCAGCUUGCGUUUUUUUAAAUAGCUUGAUGGUAAUGACAAUGAUUUCUCUGUGCUGUAUUUUUUCCCCUUUUCUUGAGCCAUUAUGUAGUAAUUUGCAGAGGCAAGUCAGGCACAGUUAACAAGAUCACCUCUCUCUCUCUCUCUCUCUCUCUUUCUUUCUGUCUGGGUUAGACAUUGACACCAUAUUAUAUUCUUCUUCUGUGUCUUUACUCGCCUUGUUGCCUCUUCACAUUCUCUAUUCUCUCUCAGACUCUCCUUCUCUACACUACACAGCAACACCAGAGAGAGAGAGAGAGAGAGAGAGAGACCAUAUAUUGCUUCUGCACCAGUCGACCACUGACUAAGUGACUAGUACUGAGUCGCUACAAGACAAAAACCCAUUUGCUUCGAAACGCCAUCGACAGAAGAGAAAAAACCCAGUCGCCGACUUCUUCUGUUUGUCUUGUUUCCACAUCUCCGAAUAUGGCCUUGUUUCGCGUUCCCCACUUCUCAGCUUCUUCUCCCCUCACCUCUCUGUCUCAGCUUUUUGGCUAAUCCUUUGGCCCCCCUUCUGAAUUUUUAUUUUGUUUGCCUGAGCGUCUGGGGUUUCGUUACUCGGGUCAUGGAAGCUUUAUGUGAUCUUCAAGUGGACGUCAAUGGCGAGGAGACUUUCAUGGUGAACAAGAGAAUCAUCUCUUCAUAUUCAGGAAGACUGGGCAAAUUGUUCAGCAAAUCAAGCUGCUCUACUAGGAACCUGAAAGUGAUCUUCAAUGACUUUCCAGGAGGGGCAGAGAGCUUUGAGCUUAUGUGCAGGUUCUGUUACAACAAUGGCAAGAUCGAAAUAACUCCUCUUAAUACAACCCUUUUGAGUUGUGCUGCGAAUUUCAUGGAGAUGAGCAAUUCUAUCUCUGGAAGCGAUAACUUAAUCGAACAAACAGAGAAAUCUCUUGAAGAGAUCAGACAUUGGACCUGGUCUGAACUUAUGGUUGCACUCAGGCAGUGCCAAAAUUAUUUUCCAGUGGCGAAUAAAUCUGGCCUACUCGAAAGAUGCUUGGAUUCCAUCACCGCGAGAUUGGCAUUGGCAAGUGAACCGAGUCCGAGUCCGUCGACUUCUUCAUCGGAUUAUUCUGGGGUCCGGUUUUCGUGCGACACAAAGAGCACGGAGAGUUUGAAGAGCAGCUUCUCCAGAGCGACGUGGUGGUUUGAAGAUCUCUUAAUCACAGAUGAGAGUUUGCUUAAGAUGAUGGUCGGAUCCAUGAUUAAGCAAAAACUUGAACAUGGUACAAUUAGCAAGUUCCUCUUCUUUUACCAGAAAUCCAAGUUCCACACUUCCGUGUCUCAUGAGAAGAGCAAAAUCAUGGAAACGGUUGUCGAUUUGCUCUGUAGUCUGGAGCCGAGUUCCAUCCCUUGCAAAAGCUUAUUUGGGAUUCUGAGAGUUGCUCUGGGGUUGAACAUAAGCAAAGGUUUCCGAAACAAGUUAGAGAUUAUGAUCGGUUCUCAGAUGGAUCAAGCAACGUUGGACAAUUUGCUCGUUCCAUCUCCUCAAGGGACGAACUCUUUAUAUGACACAAAUCUUGUACUGAGGCUAGUAAAAGCAUUUCUGAAGGAAGGAACUAGUGGAGUGCCUGAAGUGCAGUUGAAGAAAGUGGCUAACUUAAUGGAUCUGUACAUAGCUGAAGUAGCGCCUGAUCCAUGUUUGAAACCUUCAAAGUUCCUCGCUUUGGCUAUGGUCCUUCCUGAUUCUGCUAGGGACUCAUUCGAUGACAUGUAUCAUGCUGUGGACAUGUACCUAGAGGUGCAUGCGGGAUUGUCUGAAGAAGAAAAGAUCAAGAUGUGCCGUGCCUUGAAUUAUAGGAAGCUCUCAGCCAAAGCUUGCAAACAUCUUUCAGAGAAUUCGAAGUUCCCAUCCAAGAUCAUCACGCAAGCUUUAAAUUCUCAACAAUUCAAGCUCAAAAGCUUGAUCCGAGUGUCCAGCAAUACUAGUUCCAUCGCCAGUUCACCAUGUAGUUGCAGUGACAACAUCAAGAAAGACGAGGUGGGCGAACAGAUAGUACUCUACGCAGGGGACCUCAAUCUUUCCACUGAUAAUGUGAGGCUCAGAGCUCAAUUGCAAGGGAUGCAAUCGAGGGUUAUGGAAUUAGAGAAACUUUGCCGGAAAAUGCAGACUCAAAUGACCAAGGUUCUCAGAUCAAGAGUGUCAUCAAGCCACAAAAGCAGAUCUUUACCGAGGCUUUGCUCGUGAUAAUACUAGGCAGAUAACUUAUGAAUCUUCUGUUUCCAUAGAUAUUUGUGAGGGUUGUAUAGCAAGAGCAAUGUGUCCUUAUGCUUGCCUUUUUUCUUUGCCCACCUUCUCUUUUUGUUCAAAUUGAGCUUGAGGUCAAUGGUGAGUUGUUUCUUUUACAAGAGAUUCAGAUCAUGAUUGUACAGCUACAGGGAAGAGGAAAGAAAGCCUGCGUUUUUCCAGACAAAAAGCAUGAAUAUAUUAACACAGGCGUGUUCUUAGUGUCA